AUGGGAAACAUAAUCUCUUCGCCCAUGCAUAAGUUGCCCCGUGGCGAGAGUGACGACGGACCCCCGGCAAAGCGCCGUCGCAUCUCAUCCCCCGACUCAUUCGAUCUUGAUCACCUUGUCGCAUCACCACGCUUGUCUGAGUCUGGCUCAAUGCUACGCAUCGGCCUGAUCAAGCUUCUCCAUAAAGACUCAAAAAAGGUCAAGUCGUUGCAAGGGAACACUGUGCCUCGCGAUGUGCUGCUCACCACCAAGGCGAGAUGCAAAGUCUCCAUGUUUGACAUGAGCUCGCAUCCACCACAAGUUCUGUAUUGCCAGAGUCAACUAUGCGACCUGAUAACAUUUAAGAAUCCCGCUGGCCCCUAUCCCAUCGCCCGCGUUGACUUGCCCCAACCCUUCUUGAUCCCUCGAGAGAGCAUUCUAAUUAAUCGCCCCGACGACGGAACCUUUGAUCUGUCGGAUUCGUACCACUUGGUCAUAGAGCUGGAGGCUGCCGAUGCCACUCGUUGGCCGCCCCUAGACGAGCAAGACUUUGGCGUGCCUCCGCAAUCUCUCUACCCGAUAAGGGGGACAACUCGGCACUGGGUCAUGUCUAGCAGGUUCGAUAGCGUCUUUGGGAAGUUGAGAAGCCCCUUGAGCCUCUCGGCAAGGCACCCCUCGGACCAGUCCAGUUACCCAACCAACUAUCUCAUGAGCGUUGACCUUCGAUGGAGGUCGGGAUUGACAGCCUUGAGACCACUUGAACCAGGGUCCAUGCCCUGCAUUACGGCAAUCGAUCCAGACGUCGACGUGUUGAGUGACAAUGCAAUGGGCCAUCCUGGAAAGUGCCCGACAAAUGGCAUGAAUGGCCAUGCUAAUGGUGCAUCGCCGCACGACCAAGACGAUGAGUUUGCCGGUGACCAGACGCCAUCUCGCUCAUUGCGGGCUCGAGAAAAGAACAAGAUAUACAACCUGAAAGUGCUCAGUGAUCAAGCGAUUGGACGAGAGAAGAAGCAGCGUGGCCGGGAUUCGAAUGCAGAGGCGAAUGAAGGCCGCGUGCAAUACGUCUUGCCGAGCGACCAGCCCAUAUCCUUGGACUAUCACUGUUGUAUAACCUGCGGCGCGUACCACGAAUCUAUGGACCAACUGCAGCUGCACCUGCAAACAUCUCAUCCGUCGUACGUCUUUGAGCUCGAAACCACAAGCCAUGGCCCGCUGUUUCGAGUUGCCGCCCUCAGAGAGCCGACGCUGUCUCCUCGGAAAGCUCUUCAACUUGGGCGACCAGCGAAGCCCUUCAGCCUCCAAACCUUCAUAUCUGGAGAUCAGAACUGGGCUACAUCACGAUUCGGGCCUGACGGCGAUGAAGUUUUCAAGUCCCCGACGAAGACUUUCCUUGACCGAGUUCAGUCUGGAUCCCCAGUCGCAAAGCUAUCGAAGCCACCGUUGCGUCGACCGGUCAAGGCACCGAGCGUGAGCAAGGUCCUGGUUCCCAGCAUUCCACAACCUCUAUUCCAUCCCAUAAGCAAAGCAAGGCUGAAGGCCGGGCAGGAAGUCCCUCAGAAUACCCCCGAUAAUACAUGGUUAAUACAAAAGCACCGAGAAAGCAUAGCUGACUUUUCUGAUGUAACUGCGGCAGAGAAGGAAUAUAUAUGGGAGUGGGACGGCUAUAUUUUGCAGCAAAAUAUCACUUCGGCUGCGUACUUCUCCCGUGCCUGGAUGAACUUUGUCGAAGAGAAAGCGAGUUGGCUUGCAGGCGCGCAGCACCGAAUGCUCGAGUUUGGAAAGCACUCGAGUGUCUUAUUGGCGCGAGAUGUUCUAGAUGAUGAAGACAUGCAGCAGGCGUUCAGGUACAUUAAUGAGGCGAGAACCAAAUCUACAAAGGGUCAAAGUCUGCCUGGUGACACACUGGCUGCUGAUGGCCGGGCAAAAGACAUGGCCAGCACCAAGCAAUCUCCAAAAGUCUCCCAAAUCCGCAAAGGCGCCAAUGGUUGCACCAUUUGCCAGCUUCCCGUUAUUGGCCCGCGGCUACUACUGUGCUCUAAUACCACAUGCUUGAAACGAUUAUACCAUGCCGACUGCACCAAGGGCGAUGCAGUCAUGCCAGUAACGAGACCAGGGUGGCUUUGCAACGUUUGCAGCGAAGGCAGAAAAGGUUCCGACUAG